UAGGCGGGAAAAUAAACAAUAUGGAUAGUUCAUGAAGCGAUUGAAUGAAUUUGAAGUGCGUUUGUAUUGCGCGUGUACGGCUCUUUGCCCGUUUUAAAGGAUACACUUAAAGUGACAGCUGCUCAGAAGCUAGUAAUUCACAUUUUAGCUACAUCAAAAUGUCGAGUAUUUCUUCAGAAGUUCCACCUGAAGAUGUGAUUAACAUCCUUGUUGCUAGUGAUAUUCAUUUGGGAUAUGCUGAGAAAGAUUCAGUUAGAGGAGAGGAUAGUUACAUAGCAUUUGAAGAGAUACUAUGUCUUGCACAGGAGAAAAAUGUGGACUUUAUAUUGCUUGGUGGGGACUUGUUUCAUGACAGCAAACCGACACAACGAUGCGUCCACCGCUGCAUGUCUUUGAUCCGUAAAUACUGCAUGGGUGACAGACCUGUGGCCAUUGAGUUUCUGAGUGACCAAGCAAAUAACUUCAAGCACUGUGACCAUCCAGUUGUCAAUUAUGAGGACCCAAACCUCAACAUUUCCAUGCCUGUCUUCUCAAUCCAUGGAAAUCAUGAUGACCCAAGUGGCUAUGAACGCGUCAGUUCUCUUGAUCUACUUAGUGUAUCAGGGCUGGUCAACUAUUUUGGCAAGUGGACGGAUCUGACACAUGUUGAGAUUUCUCCACUGCUCAUGCGGAAGGGAGCCACUCGCCUUGCCCUCUAUGGGUUGAGUUACUUGAAGGAUGAGCGACUUUCCAGACUAUUUGGAGAUUACAAGGUGAAGAUGUUUCGGCCACGUGAGGACCAGGAGGAAUGGUGCAACGUGUUUGUGUUGCACCAGAAUCGAGCUGACCGUGGACCCAAAAGCUUCAUUGCUGAAGAAAUGUUGCCAGAUUUCCUGGAUCUUGUCAUUUGGGGUCAUGAGCAUGAAUGCAGAAUCGUUCCCGAAUGGAAUGAUAACCGUCGUUUCUUUGUGUGUCAGCCAGGGAGCCCAGUUGCAACUUCACUCUGUGAGGGAGAGGCUGUCCAAAAGCAUGUGGCCAUCUUAAGCAUUUACCAAAAGAAAUUCAAGGUCACUCCAAUCCCCUUGAAAACUGUACGCCCAUUUGUGUUUGACACCAUCGUGUUGUCAGAUUGUACAAUAGACUUAUCUACAGAGAAACCAUCUGAAGAGGUUCAGAAGUAUGUCAGUGACUACCUAGAGACCUUAAUUGAACGAGCAGCUGAACAGAUCUCAGGGGUCAGCAUGCGGCCUGCACCACCUUAUUAUGUAGCGAAUCGGCAGAGUGUCUCUGGGAACAGAGUGGAGAAGAUUGUGGAGUGUUACUUUGCAGAUGUUGCGACUGACAAGCACCUCCAGAUUCUCUCUAUCAAAGGGCUAGCUGAAGCAGCAUCUAGAUUCAUUGACAGGGAGGACAAAGAAGCAUUGGUGUGCAUAGUCGACCAUCAGAUAAGUAAAACAAUGAACCACCUGCUGUCAAAGGUACUAGCAGAAGAUGAUAUUGAAAAGGAAAUUGAAAAUUUCAGGCAGGAGCGGCUCUCAAAGGCAGAAGAGGAAGUCAAAGAUGCACAGGACAUGUUGAACCAUCCUUCUCGUCAGAACCCCACCAGGAAAGUGCAACAGAACAAAACUGUCAUUGAUUCUGAUUCAGACGACAAUGCUAAUUUUGAUGUGGACAUCCGUGUUGCUGGCACCAGUCGAGGUGGAAGAGGUAGGGGACAAGCAACAGCGGCAAGAUCUCGGGGAGGCAGGCGAUCCCAGGCCAGAGGUUCCUCGUUAUUUAAGGGGAAGGAACAGGAAAUAAUGGACCAUCCAUCUCGUCAGAACCCCACCAGGAAAAUGCAGCAGAACAGAACUGUCAAUGAGUCUGAUUCAGACGACAAUGCUAAUUUUGAUGUGGACAUCCGUGUUGCUGGCACCAGUCGUGGUGGAAGAGGUAGGGGACAAGCAACAGCGGCAAGAUCUCGGGGAGGCAGGCAGUCCCAGGCCAAAGGUUCCUUAUUGUUUAAGGGGAAGAGUCAAGGCGAGCCUUCAGGACAGACCAGCAUCAGGGAUAUUUUCAGCCAACAGCAGAAUAAAACAUUUUCUGGGAACAGGCCAGAUGUGGUUUACAUUGAUGAUUCUGAUAGCUGAGAUGCAGCGUGAUGAGAAUUGAAAUGACCUGGCUUCUACACUUCAUGCUGAACAUGUCCAGGUGAUUGGUUCAGAGAUUGGCUGCACUGAGUGAUGUGCUUUUCCUCUGUCUCUCAUGGCAAAUACAGAGAUAGUACCUUAAAUUAAGCUGUGACUACUUUAUAAUUUUUUAUGCAUUAAGUCGACCACAAAACAAAAAAUAAAUAUUUUAAGAGUUCA